AGUGCUUUACUUCUUGUGUACUUUGCUUCCUCACGCACACUUCCCCACCGGCGCUGCCGACUCCGAUGAGCCAGUGUCUGGAUAUCUAGCUCCAGGAGAGAGAAAGCGAGAGAGUUCUCUCGAGCGGCGCUGCUGCUAGAUCGCCGCUCCUCGCAUAUAUUCCUCCCCCCCACCCCCCGCAAAUACUUCAUCCAGUUCUAGUUUUCCCAUCUCUCCGCUGUAAGAGCCUCGAAGCUUAGGAAGCAGGAAGAUCGAAAGUGCCUCUCUUACCUGAAAAGGAUAUAUUGAUGAUCUUUACCUCGGCAAGGAUCCGGAGCGGGAUUGGUAAAACAGAUGAAGCUCCACCGGGACAGGAAUGCACUGCACUGCAAGGCACAGUCUCCGCGAAGAAUUCGUCAAGCACUGUAGUAAAGGGGAGCAUCGGUUACAAAGAAUUCAUAAAGGGACUGUGAUCCCAAAGAGGGCCCAUGUCUGGAUGUCAAAAGAGUGGGAGAACAUCAGCAACGUCGGAGGAAGAGAUCCCCAGCGCCAAAAGCCGAGACUGCAAGAGUUACAGCGCUAUCACCACCACGGCAGUACUAGCAGCCAGCAGCAGGAUAUCGGUCGAGGCAGGAGUAGCAUGCUGGGGUCGCAGGGCCCUCUAAACACGAUCACGCCCUGUGCUGCAUGUAAGCUUCUCCGCCGGAGGUGCGCUCAAGAGUGUCCCUUUGCACCAUACUUCUCGCCACACGAGCCUCAAAAGUUUGCCGCCGUCCACAAAGUUUUCGGCGCCAGCAACGUCUCCAAGAUGCUCUCGGAAGUUCCAGAGGCCCAGCGAUCGGACGUUGCCAACAGCCUGGUGUACGAGGCAAACGCUCGGAUCAGAGACCCAGUGUAUGGCUGCACGGGGACAAUCUCUGCACUGCAGCAGCAAGCUCAGUCACUCCAAGCGGAAGUUAAUGCCAUGAGAGAACAGAUUAUGAGAUACCAGGUGCACGAAAACGCCGUAGCCGCGGUCACCUUGGUCACUACCGGGCUUCCCACACGGACAAACCCCGGAAGCUCGUCGGCAGACUAUGUCGUAGGAACGAGCGGCAGUGUGGACAAUCCUGACGUCAAGGAACGCUACUGGUGAGACAAGCCCAUCAACAACAAGAACAAAGCCAGAGCCACAGAUCAGAGUAAAUUUUCUUCCUUUAAGAUGCUCGAUUUUUUUGUAUAUCAGGAAAAAUAAGGCCUUUCUCACUUUCUCCCGAGGGAGACUCUCCAUAAAAUGCAAGAAGACAUUAAGAGGAUCAACAAGAAACCAGGCAAAAGUGCAAACGAGAGAGAAAGGAGAAAGGCAUCCUUUGUUUCA